AUGUAUUUCCUGAAUAAACCGGAUACAAAGUGGGGAGAACUGCGCGAAUCGUACUGCGCUGUGAGAGUCGUUGUCUUUUCCUUUCAAACAAACCAAGAUGUCGAAGAGAGGACGUGGUGGUUCAGCUGGAGCUAAGUUUAGGAUAUCACUGGGUUUGCCAGUUGGUGCUGUCAUCAAUUGUGCCGACAAUACCGGUGCCAAAAAUCUUUAUGUCAUAGCAGUUCAAGGAAUCAAAGGUAGAUUGAAUCGUCUACCAGCUGCUGGAUCAGGAGAUAUGAUUGUUGCUACUGUGAAAAAAGGAAAACCUGAACUAAGGAAGAAGGUUAUGCCUGCAGUAGUCAUACGUCAACGGAAACCAUUUAGAAGGAAGGAUGGUGUAUUUAUAUACUUUGAAGAUAACGCUGGAGUUAUUGUGAAUAAUAAAGGUGAAAUGAAAGGAUCGGCUAUUACGGGACCUGUUGCGAAAGAAUGUGCAGAUUUAUGGCCGAGAAUUGCAUCCAAUGCUAGCAGUAUCGCGUAAAACAUCCUGUAUAAAUCUAUUAUCCUUAAUAAAAUAAAUUUGGGAAUUUGUCCUAAAAAUCGUUUCAUGUAA